UUGGGCAGCGAUACCCCAGAAGAGAUGGAUUGUCUCUGCACCGAUGUCAGCUUCCAAACGGCCUUCUCAACUUGCAUUUCGUCCACCUGCACUGUGAUAGAAUCUCUCCAGUCAACAAACACGAGCAGAGCAGCUUGUGGGAUCCCUGUUCGCGACGCAACUCCGGUGAUGAUUGGAAUGACCGCGUCCUUCGGAUCGCUGGCGAUGGUCAUGGUAAUCAUGCGGCUGGUGAAUCGCGGUCUUUCUCGCGACCGCACGCUCGGAUGGGAUGACUUGAUGAUUGGAGCAUCUGGGCUGUGCUCUUUCUUUCAGAACGUGCCUGUGUAUGUUGCCGGGCAUCUUGGCUUUGGAAAAGACAUGUGGGGCAUUCCCCCCGAAAACAUCACAACCAGCCUCAAGUGGCUCUACGUAACCUACUUCGCCUACCAGCUCGUUGAAGGCUUCACCCAACUCUCCAUCCUCGCCUUCUACCUCCGCCUCGUGACCUCACGCCGCACCAAAGCCAUCAUCUGGGCCCUCAUGGCCGUCGUCUCCAGCUUCGCCAUCGGCAACACCUUCGCCAUGGUCCUGCAAUGCCGCCCGAUCUCCUUCUUCUGGGACGGUUGGCGCGGCGACACACCCGGCAAGUGCACGGUCAACAUCCGGCUCUUCGGCUUCAUCCGCGGGGGUAUCGAGAUCGUGCUGGAUCUAGUCAUCUUGGCGCUGCCGCUGCCGAUGCUGUCGAAGCUGCAAAUGUCCACGCGGAAGAAGGUGCAGAUUAUGUCCAUGUUUUGCGUUGGAUUUGUUAUCACUGUUGUUAGUUGCCUGCGCCUUUGGGCUCUCGUCCAGUUCGCACAAACUAACAACCCCACCUACGAUAAUGUCAGCGGUCUCUACUGGUGCGUCACGGAAGCCAACCUCUUCAUCAUCGUUGCCUGCAUGCCCGCCAUGAGGCCCAUCUUCCAGACAGUGCUGCCUGCGCUGUUCGGCUCCUCCCAUUUCUCCUCGCAGCACUCCAACUACCAAAACAACAGCGUUACGAUCAAUGGUAGUGGUCAUGAUACGUAUAGUCGGAGGGGGAAGAGAAGUGGUGGGAUGCCACUGAAUGUUAUGGUGAGUCGGACGUUGGAUGUGAGGGUGCACAGGGAGGAUCGGAGUGAUUCGGAUAUUGAGCUUGUGGAUAAGCGGGAUGGGGAGAGGAAGUAAAGUGGAGGCGCUUCCUAGGAAGAUCAGCAUGUGAAGGGACUUUCACAGGGCGGUGGAAACUAAGAGAGUUUGUAAUGCGGUGGUGCUGUGACUUUGCACCGCAGAGAAUGCGCUACUCAUAGAUUAGGGUUCAGGGGCACGUUGUGCUAACACCUCGUGGCUCUUAUGUGCAUAGCAUUGCAUGAAU